UAACUGAAGUUUUGUGGAGUAGAAGGCUGCAUAGGAUGCAUUUUCUGCGGUGGUCAGGGAAUAUGUUGCAAUAUAUGAAAGCAGUUUUUGUGAUAAGUAAUUGGCAUGAUUUAUGCUUUUGGAGAUUCUUUGCAAAUGGUGUCUGUAGUCUGUACAACCUGAAACGUGUCUGGUCAUACUAACUCGCAGCAAGUACAGUUGAGUUUUAUUGUAAAAAGCAACAUUAUAGGCACAUGGGUUUUAUUUUUAGUCUAUUGGUUUUUUGGUUUGAAUUACUAACCAAUACUCAAUUCGAUUUGAAUGCGUAGUUCUCCACAGUGUAGCCAAAAUUCUUGAUGCUUCUUUGUUUGCAUACACUAUCUCAUGAUUACAACCAUUAAUACAAGUUGUGCCCGUGAAUGUAUUUUCCUAACAAGUUGUUUAGCAUAUAGAAUGUUUCUAUUUUCACGAUUACCCUUGAAUCGUUUCAUGUUUCAUACAUGUAGAAACAUUUUAUAUAAGGAGAUUUUGUCCUGUCACCUACUUUAUGUGGCAAAAACAACUAAUAUAGAUAAUUUCUCCCAGAUUUCUAUAAUCUUUCUGAACUUGCAUGAAUUAACACUAUUAUUUGUGCCUAGUUUGUCCUUUUAGUGGAGAUUUCUGCUUCUGUUGAUUAACUUUUAAUCAUAGGUUGGUCUGCUCUUGUAGUGUAUGAGUUUCAUUGUAUUUAUUUUAGAAUCAAAUUUGUGUUUAUGGAAGGUGAAUGACUCUGUUAAGAUUGGUUGAUACACUGAUAUUUCCUUCUCUUCAUCUUUUCUGCUGGUCUUGCUUAGCUGUGCAGGAACGAUGGUUUUAGCAGUUAAGACAAAGAAUGCAUCAAGGUUUGGACUGUUUUGAGCCGUACACUACAGAUCUUACAAAUGAAAGCAACCAAAUUUUUUGUUUGUUAGUCGUUGCAAUUGAUAGAACUUACAGUGCAAAACAAAAGAAAAUUGAUUGAAGCUGUUGGAUUGGGACUUCUAUGGCAUAUUUAGCAUCUCUAUCACCAUUAUGCGUGAAUUUUUUGCAUUAUGUAUUUGCAGUUGAUACAUCAUACGUGCAAAAGAAUGAGUCCACAUGCAUGAUUGGAUAUUUCUGUUGUGACUUCUGUGAAGACGCUAUCUUGGCUACAGCUUCAGAAAAAAAACUCAACGUGGCCACUGAAUGAUCAGACACUUCCUUUCUGAUGAUUGAUGAGAAAAGGAAGAGAAGGAUACUCCAUAUUGAUUUUGAAUCUUCCAGGGGAACUAGUUAUGAUAUCACAACCCUUCCUCUACAUCUUCAGUCUUACAGGCUUACAUCAACCAAAAAAGAACUGAGAACAAGAAGCAUGUGUCUCCUGGUCACCUACACUGUACAACAUGUUCAGUUCACCUCGGUGACAAGGCAUAUUCAUAUGCUCCAUCAGAUCGCGAAUUUGCUUUGGAGAUUCCAGUUUUACUAUCUUAAAUACAUCCGAUUGCUCGAUGAAGGCCCAUGCUCUCCAGCCUUGCCGAGGUACUUGAAUUCCAAGGCUUGAAAACCAGCAAACCUGCAGAGAGCAGAGUAGAGACAAGAGGAGAAGGCCGUUCUUAGACGGCCAUUUAAUCAGAUCCAGGAAGGUUUCCUUCUCCUUUUUUUUUUGUCAAGAUUUAAGAGGCCGGCCAUCUCUCUCCCUCUCCCUCCUCCUCCUGCUCUCAUUUGGCGCCUGCCCUGAGCUCCAAACACCAACUACCUCUGCCGCCCCCCAUCACCCCUCCCCCCUCUCCCGCUCUUUAAAACUGCCACCUCCGUUAACGCCACCAUAGUUGGUCACCCACCAUCUCGUCUUCGCUCCCUCCUCUGCUCUGCACUCCAUCCAUGGCGAAGCCUCGCAAGAACUCCACCACUACCAACACCAGCAGCAGCGGUGUCGCCGCCGCCGCCGCCGCGGCGGCGGUGAAGCCGAAGCGCACGCGGAAGAGCGUCCCCCGCGAGUCCCCCUCCCAGCGCAGCUCCGUCUACCGCGGCGUCACCCGGCACCGGUGGACGGGGCGGUUCGAGGCGCACCUGUGGGACAAGAACAGCUGGAACGAGUCCCAGAACAAGAAGGGCAAGCAAGUUUACCUCGGGGCGUAUGACGACGAGGAGGCAGCGGCGAGGGCGUACGAUCUGGCGGCAUUGAAGUACUGGGGACCCGACACCAUCCUCAACUUCCCGUUGUCUGCAUAUGAAGGUGAGUUGAAAGAAAUGGAGGGGCAAUCAAGGGAAGAGUAUAUUGGAUCCCUAAGGAGGAAAAGCAGUGGGUUCUCAAGAGGAGUAUCGAAGUACCGAGGCGUUGCAAGACACCAUCACAAUGGGAGAUGGGAGGCCCGGAUUGGCCGUGUUUUUGGCAACAAGUACCUCUAUCUCGGUACUUACGCGACGCAGGAGGAGGCGGCAAUGGCGUACGACAUGGCGGCCAUCGAGUAUCGGGGCCUGAACGCCGUCACCAACUUCGACCUCAGCCGGUACAUCAAGUGGCUCCGGCCCGGCGCCGACGGCGCGGGCGCUCCCCAGAAUCCUCACCCCAUGCUGGGUGCUCUGUCGGCGCAGGAUCUCCCGGCGAUCGACCUCGACGCCAUGGCGUCGUCGUUCCAGCACGACGGCCAUGGCGCCGCGGCGGCGGCGGCACAGCUGAUCCCGGCAAGACAUUCGCUCGGCCACACGCCGACAACGUCGGCGCUCAGCCUGCUGCUGCAGUCGCCCAAGUUCAAGGAGAUGAUCGAGCGGACGUCGGCGGCGGAGACCACCACCACCAGCAGCACAACCACCUCCUCCUCGUCCCCGUCGCCGCCGCAGGCGACCAAGGACGACGGCGCCUCGCCGCAGUGCAGCUUCCCGGAGGACAUCCAGACCUACUUCGGCUGCGCCGCCGAGGACGGCGCCGCCGGCGCGGGAUACGCCGACGUGGACGGCCUGUUCUUCGGCGACCUCGCCGCGUACGCGUCGCCGGCGUUCCACUUCGAGCUGGACUUGUGACGGCGGCGCCGCCGCUGCCGCAGCCGAGCAGUGUCAGCUUGUGCCUCGCCAGUAGCCCAACGGCCACGGCGCAAUACAGUUACAGGCCGUUAAUUAAAUUCUUUAAUUGGGUGGAUUUGGUCCAUAGGAGAAUGACCAAAAAAAGAGAAGGAACAGACGAACAGACAAAUGGAAGGCAGGCAAGAAUGCAAGAUACUCUUAUAGCACAAGCUAGUGCUUACAGAGUUAAUGACAGUAUUAUAGUGACAAGCUGAAGACCGAGAAUUACUUCAAGAUUGAUUUUCUUACCUUGACAAUCCGAAUGAGAGAGAGAGAGAUAGUGGGUGUGUGACAGUGUGAGGAGAGGAGAUUGUUUCAUUUUUGCUUCAUCCCUGACAAAAUGAACAACUAUAUAGUAUCUUUUUUUUUUGAGAACGACUAUAUAGUAUCUAUAAUCUACAUAAAUACUUGAUAGAAGGAUUUGUGAGUUUCUGAACAAUUACUACAUGUUCAAUCCUGAGUUCCUGACUGUUCACCA